UAUAAACCCUGUUUUAAGUGAACUACCAAAAACACCCCGCCUCAUCGUUAACGGGUUCAGAUAACAGAUACUCAUCGUCAACAGGAAAGAGAGAAGUCUCUCUCUCGACCCUCUCUCUCUUCCUCCUCCGACCCACCACCUCCACCACCACCACCGACCCACCCCCACCGCACCACCUUUCGCCUCUGUCUCCCACCGGCUCACCACCACAACACCGCCUCCCCUCUCCACCAGCAAAAUCUACUCCAGGAAUAGAUGAGCCCUAGAUCGUCGAACGCCACAAUCGAUGGAUCCAACGCCGCCCGCUGCAUCUCCGCCACCCUCUCGCGGCUCCAAACAGGUGAUGGAAACAGAGAAGACGGGCGUACUCUUCGGAGCUUCUUCUGGAUUUCAACCAUGGAGGUCAAAUCACCCUAUAAUGGAUGUGAAUUCUGGAGGUACCGCUUCUUGAUGAGAUCAGUGUCGUCGAAGUACCGAUUGAGUUACAAGACGGCGUACCAGUUGCGGUGGUUGUUUAUCCACUAACUGGACAGCAACCAGCUUGGUGAUGAUGAUAUUCCUUCUGUUUGGUUUUUAAAGAGAAUAAGAAGUCAAAAAAAGAAAGAAGAAGAGAGGUUUUUACUUUGUUUUUUGAUUUUUCGUAUUUCGACUCGUAUACUUGAACUUUAAAAUACUGUAGUGGUUGAAACAAAGAGUUGCAGAAGAGUGGCACCCAAAAUUCCUACAAGUUUUCUCUGGAAUUUGUAUUUUAGAAUAGGUGUGAAUUCUUUAUUUUGGGAUUUGAAUUCUGUCUUUUUUAAAGGUGUGAAUUCUUCAUUUGAGUGUGAAUUGCGUCUUUUUGAAUGUAUGAAUUCUUAAUUUGAGGAUGUGAAUUCUGCUGAUGCUAGAUGAAGUGUGAGUUGUGUAAUUUUUAUUUUAUUUUUCAAAGGUUUCAAUUCUUAGGGAUGUGAAGUUUUUAUUUCGGUCUGAAUUCUGUAUUUUUCGAACGUGUGAUUUCUUCAUUUAGGUGUGAAUGUGAAUUUUUCAUUUCGGUCUGAAUUUUGUAUUUUUGAACGUGUGAAUUCUUCAUUUAGGUGUGAAUUAUGGACGGCAUAAAUUCUACAAAUAUACAUGAAUUCUGCAAAUAUGAUUUUGAAUUUGGGAGAAUUUGGUGGUUAAAUGGUUUCAGUUUUCUCAUUGCAGAGAGAUUUGAUGGUUUGAGACAAUUAAACUGUACAAAAUGCAGAAUUCACAAGUCCUAAAUGCAGAAUUCACAUGUUCAAAAGACAGAAUUCACUCUUAAUCCAAGGAUGUGAAUUCUGUAAACGGUGUGAAUUCUUAGGGGUGUGAAUUUUUGGCGGGGUGUGAAUUCUUGGGGGUGUGAAUUCUAGGGGGUGUGAAUUCUUGGGGGUGUGAAAGGGGUGUGAAUUUUGGAGGGUGUGAAUGCUGGGGGGGUGUGAAUUUCGUUGGGUGUGAAUUUUGGGCGAGGUGUGAAUUCUGAGGGAUGUAAAUUAUGGGAGGUGAAUUUUUGGGAUAUGAAAAGUGAUAGGGGUAAAAAAGUAAAAGCAUCUUUAAAAAGGGUCUAGAUGGGAUAGCAUUUUAAAAAAGAGUUUGCAUGGAACCCCAUAUAAAAUUUGGGACCGGCCAGGAAUUUCCCCAAAAAAAAGUCCUAAAAAAAAAAGGGUUGUUCCAGGCCGGCCCUGUUUUGUCCUCCUCUACCUGUCAAGGCCCGUCCAUUGUCAACUCCUACCCGUAUAAACUCUGUUUUAAGUGGAGUACCCAAAUUGCCCCGUCCAUGAGUAAGCAGCAGCAGCAGAGUGAGAGCGUCGACGAGAAGUUACCAUCGCUCAACCUCAACCGCGACGACGUACUGUUCCGAUCCGAGCUGCGCGAGGCGUUCGAGUCGUUCCAGCUCCUGGAGACUGGCGAUGGCGCCAGAGGAGCUGGCGUGGCUCUACGACUCCAUCUUCGAGAAGUUCGACUGCGACGGAAGCGUGUUCCUCCAUCUGGAGGAGUUCCAUUUUGGUUCUCCGGCGACAACGGCGAGGACGGUGGCCGGCAUCGUUAUUGAAGGCAGGAUGGUGGUCGGCGAAGAUGUGAAUCUGACGGGUGUGAUUUUGUGUUUGACAGAUUCAAUCUAAGGGUGUGAUUUUAUGAAUCUGUAGGCGAGAUUCAGUGAAUCCAAUUUGGGAGAGAUGAGUUUUCGACGUGACGACGACGCCUAUCGGGAAAAAAAAUUAAAUAUUUGUUUACCUACUCUAAGU